GUCCUCUGUUGAAGCGGGUCGUCGGCGGCGAGCUGGUGGACCCAUCGCUGUCUGCGGGACAAAUUGAUCAGGUUCUCAUCGGUGAGCAUUGAGGCCGGUCAUCAGGGGUGAACGCGACCAACAAUUUCCCAUCGGGCAUCAGCAGAAGGCGGCGCUGUCCAGCACCGGGAUCAGAGUGUAGACAAGACGAGGACAAUCAACAACCGUCAGUCGGAAUCAGAAUGGCUACAGGUGGGAAAUUAAAUCGGGUACAGAAAGUACUCAAGAGGCUUUUACCAGGCAGCUCAUCGAGGGAAGAUGAUCGGGAUACGGGGAGCAAGGUUCCAAAGCAGGGUCAGAUUGAGAGCAAUGUCCCAAUGGAAUGCGGUCCGGCUGCAGAGGAGGAGAAGCAAAUUCAGCCCAGAGACAGUGACGUCAGAGACACUGAGCAGGACCCCAGAACCGGCACAAGUGAGGCGACUGCCUGUCAGCCCAGAGACAGUGACGUCAGAGACACUGAGCAGGACCCUGGAACCGGCACAAGUGAGGCAACUGCCUGUCAGCCCAGAGACAGUGACGUCAGAGACACUGAGCAGGACCCUGGAACCGGCACAAGUGAGGCGACUGCCUGUCAGCCCAGAGACAGUGACGUCAGAGACACUGAGCAGGACCCUGGAACCGGCACAAGUGAGGCGACUGCCUGUCAGCCCAGAGACAGUGACGUCAGAGACACUGAGCAGGUCCCUGGAACCGGCACAAGUGAGGCGACUGCCUGUCAGCCCAGAGACAGUGACGUCAGAGACACUGAGCAGGACCCUGGAACCGGCACAAGUGAGGCGACUGCCUGUCAGCCCAGAGACAGUGACGUCAGAGACACUGAGCAGGACCCUGGAACCAGCACAAGUGUGGCGACUGCCUGUCAGCUCGGAAACUCAUUAAACACGGAAUUGUCGAGUGCCCAACAGGGAGUGGAGUUUACAAUCUCUGACCUCCUGGCAGAGGGGGGCGAGUAUCGACUGUACCAACUGACCAAGUUCUACAGGGACAGACUCAAACAUGCAAUUGAAGAGAAAGUUGAACGACUCGGUUGGAUAUUGACAAAGGAUGGACAUUUCAGUCGAGAAGAAAAUGAGAAAGUCACUGAACUGACAGAGAAGGGGAACCGGACAGAGAGUUCCAGACUCUUCCUCAGUUUGGUGAUGGACAAAGGCUCCCGGGCCCGGAGGGCGAUGUGGGAAUCCUUUGUGAUGUGGAGGACUGAGUUACCGAAGUUGGACAGGAUACUGAGGGAGAUACAGGAGCUUGGUCCUGACCCAGAGGAAUACAUGAACAUCGCACAAGGGUUGUCUGAGUUACCCACUGAACUGACAGAUGUUCAACAGAAACACAAGGAGACUCUGCGGGCACAAACUGAAACACUGAGAGUGAACACGAUCCUGAUGAGGGAGAAGGUGAAGGUUUUCCAGCUGAUUGAUCGAUACACAAAGCUCACGGUCAUUUCUACUCUUCGAGAUCGGAGACUGGUGGAACACGAGCUGCUGGCAAGAGGCAGAGACCACGAGGAUUAUAGAGAGAAACAUCUCCGUGGAGCGUUAGAAAAAAUAGAGACUGCUCAGUUAUUCCACAGCAGUUUUUCCCGGAGAAAAUCCAAAUCUGGCAGUUCUGCAGCAGUAGCCGGAGUGCCAGGAAUCGGGAAAACAACAAUGGUACAGAAGAUUGUUUAUGACUGGGCCGCGGGGAAUAUAUUCCAACAAUUCCAGUUUGUCUUCAGUUUCAAAUUCCGGGAUUUAAACUCAAUUAACUGCAGAAUAAACCUGAAGGAACUGAUUCUGGAUCAGUAUCCUUACUUUGGGAAUAUCCUGAGAGAGGUCUGGAAGAACCCAGAGGAUUUGCUGUUUAUAUUCGAUGGUUUGGAUGAAUUCAAGCACACAAUUGAUUUUGCGGACAGUCGGAGAUACACAGAACCCAAGCACCAGUGCCCAGAUCCCGAGUGGUGGUGUGAAGUGUCGGACAUUGUGUACAGUUUAAUCCAGGGCAAGCUGCUCCCAGGGUGUUCAGUGCUGGUGACCACCCGCCCCACUGCGUUACAUUUAUUGGAAAAGGCGGAGAUCAGUGUCCGGGCUGAAAUCCUGGGAUUUGUUGGUGAGGAACGGAAGGAAUAUUUCAUCAGGUAUUUUGAAGAUCAGAUGGUGGCAGCAGCUCUUUUCAAACACGUGCAGGAGAAUGAGAUCCUGUACACCAUGAGCUACAACCCCUCCUACUGCUGGAUCCUCGCUCUGGCACUGGGCCCCUUCUUCACAGAAAGUGUCAGGGACCCGCAGAGAGUUCCCAAGACCAUCACCCAACUGUACUCCUACUAUAUUUACAAUAUCCUAAAAAAUCACGGCCGUGAGAUUGAGAGACCCCGUGAUGUGUUUCUCAGGGUGGGUCAGAUGGCCUACAGAGGAGUGUCCGAGAAGAAGAUUGUGUUUGCAGACGGAGAUUUGAUCAAGUUCAAUCUGCAGCCUUCCCAGUUCCUGUCCGGGUUCCUGAUGGAGCUUUUGGAGAGAGAGGAUUCUGCCCACAGCGUGGUGUACACAUUCCCACACCUCACCAUCCAAGAGUUUGUAGCUGCAGUCGCACAAUUCCUGACUGUACAUCCCGAGGAUAUCCUGAAAUUCCUCAAUGAAGCCCACAAGACACAAGAUGGGCGAUUUGAGGUAUUUCUCCGAUUUGUUGCUGGUCUCUCCAACCCAAUGACAGCUCGGGGCCUGGAGGAGUUUCUGGGUCCAUUUCCUCAUCAAACAACCUGCCGGGUGAUUGACUGGUUGAAGAACAAGGUUAAACGCCAGAGUAGAAACAAGGGUGACACUGGGAGAAGGAGACUCCUGAACACAUUGCACUACCUGUUUGAGUCUCAGAAUCGUGGACUGGCUCAGGCCGCACUGGGAUCUCUGAAAACACUUUCAUUCAGUGGAAUGACACUGACCCCGGUUGACUGUGCGGUUCUGUCUCAUGCCAUCGGACUCUGUGAUGCUAUAAAACACCUCGACCUGGAGAACUGCCACAUUCAGUGUGAAGGAAUCCAGCGGCUGGGACCCGGGCUGAACAAGUGCCAGGAGUUGAGGUAACUUGGUUUAUCUCUCACUCAGAACUCUAAAACUGUUCCAUUGUGCUGUUUCCAAGUAAACGGAUUUGGGUAAAACUGCAGUAAAUCAGAUUGAGAUGUAUUGUGACAAAUGCCACCCCCUUCAUCCUGUGCGAUCACUCUUCCCCAUCCCGAUUAUUCCUGUUGGAUUUCUCUUAGCCAUUACCCUUCCUCUAGUCAGAUUUCUCUUCCACACACCCGUUCCUGCUGUGGGAUCUCUCUUCCCUAUCCACUUCCUCCUGUGGGAUCUCUCUUCCCAACCCCUUCCUCCUGAGGGAUCUCUUUUCGCGAUCUCCUUCCUCCUGUGGGAUAUCUCUUCCCCUUUCUCCUUCUGCCUGUGGCAUCCCUCAUCCCCAUCUCUUCCGUCCUGUGGAAUCUCUCUUUCCCAUCCCCCUACCUCCUGUUGGAACUCUCUUCCUGAAUCUGCUUCCUACUGUGGGAUCCCUCUUCCCCAUCCCACUUCCUCCUGUCGGAUCACUUUCCACAUCACCCGUCCUCCUAUAGGAUCUCUCUUUCCCAUCCCCCUUCCUCCUGUGUGAUAUCCCUUCCCGAUCGCUUUCCUCCUGUGGUAUCUCUCUUCCCCAUUCCCUUCCUCCUGUCGGAUCACUUUCCUCAUCCCCCUUACUGUGGGAUCUCUCUUCCCCAUUCCCAUUCUCCUGUGCGAUCUCUCAUCCCCGUCACUCUUCUUAAUGAGGGAUCUCUCUUCCCCAUCCCCUUUCUCCUCUUGGAUCUCGAUAACCCAUCCCCUCCCUCCUGUGGGAUCUCUCUUCCCCAUCCCCCUUCCUCGUGUGGGAUCUCCUUUACCCAUUCCCCUUCCUCCUGUGGGAUCUCUCUUCCCAAUCCCCUUCCUCCUGUCGGAUCACUUCCCCAUUCCCAUUCUCCUGUAGGAUCUCUCAUCCCCAUCACUCUUCUUCAUGAGGAAUCUCUCUUCCCCAUUCCCUUUCUCCUCUUGGAUCUCGAUAACCCUUCCCCUUCCUCCUGUGGGAUCUAUCUUCCCCAUCCCCCUUCCUCCUGUGGGAUCUCCUUUACCCAUCCCCCUUACUCCUGUGGGAUCUCUCUUCCCAAUCCCCUGUCCUCCUGUGCGAUCUCUCUUCCCAUUCCGCUUACUCCUGUGGGAUCACUAUUCCCCAUCCCCUUCCUCGUGUAGGAUAUCUCUUCCCAUCCCCCUUCCUCCUGUGGGAUCUCACUUCCCCAUUCCCAUCCUCCUGUGGGAUCCCUCAUCCCCAUCACUUCUUCAUGAGGGAUCUCUCUUCCCCAUCCACUUUCUCUCUUGGAUCUCGAUAACCCAACCCCUUCCUCCUGUGGGACCUCUCUUCCCCAUCCCUCUUCCUUGUGUGGGAUCUCCUAUACGCAUCCCCCUUCCUCCUGUGGGAUCUCUCUUCACCAACCCCCUUCCUCCUGUGGGAUCUCUCUUUUCAAUCCCCAUCCUCCUAUGGGAUAUCUCUUCCCGAUCCCUUUCCUCCUGUGGAAUCUCUCUUCCCCAUCCCCUUCCCCCUAUCGGAUCACUUUCCCCAUCACCCUUCCUCCUAUAGGAUCUCUCUUCCCCAU